CGGUGUCAUUUUAGGCCGCUAGGGGGCAGUCAAAGGAGGAGAUGGCCGCUUCACCGCUGAGGUCGGACUACUUCAAGAAUUGCUUCCGCUUCCGUCUUCCUCUUUCCCUCUGCAUCGGGUCGCAGCCAUGGUGAACGUCCCGAAGACCCGCAGGACCUACUGCAAGAAGUGCAAGAAGCACCAACCUCACAAAGUUACCCAGUACAAGAAGGGAAAGGAUUCCCUCUAUGCACAGGGUAAGAGGAGAUACGACAGAAAGCAGAGUGGUUAUGGUGGUCAGACAAAGCCCAUUUUCCGCAAAAAGGCUAAGACUACAAAGAAGAUUGUGUUGAGGCUGGAGUGUGUGGAGCCCAACUGCAGAUCCAAGAGAAUGCUGGCCAUCAAGAGAUGCAAGCACUUCGAGUUGGGUGGUGACAAGAAGAGAAAGGGCCAGGUCAUCCAGUUCUAAACUGUGGUCCAAUUUGAAGCUGUCACUAUUUUCAAUAAAUGUAUGGAAACAUA